ACCACCACCACCACCACCACCACUUCAGUACCACAGCUUCCAACCAAAAAGAAGCAGCAAUAAUGUGAGAUUUUGGCCCUUAUUCAGAAUCGCUCUUUCUCUCACCACGACAAUUUUGCAAGGCCACAGAGAUGAUUAGCGGGACUUUCAAGAGUGUUUCUCCGGUUAAUAACUUAGAAACCUUAUCACUCUGCCUCUAGAACCGCAAAAACACCUUUAAAAACUCGUGUAAAUUUAGAUAAAGCCUUUUGAAAUAAUGGCGGUGAUGUAUAGGAGUGUUUCAAAAUACGAGCUUCUGUGACAAGGAAGGACAGAAAAAAUGAAACGAGUGGUGAAUAUUAGAAAGGGACUCAUUGGGAAAGUGUUCCUGAUCGCUUCCCUGCCUCUCGUGGUGUUUCUGUUCAAGACUGGUGACGUGGACAGCGAGCGGCGUGGAAAUUUGGACCUUACGCCGCCACGCCACAGGGAUGCGUUUGAUCUGAGGAAGACGGCACUGCGAGCAAAGGGCCCUCUAGCGGCAGACGAUCCCCUCACUGUAGCCUUCCUCCGCUCCCACUACCUGGACACACCCACAAACUUGACCUAUAACCUUCGUGAGGCCACCAACCUGAUCUACACGCGCUACAAGACCAUGUAUCCUUCGUGGUCCUUCAUAAACCACAUCCUGCAGGACUUCUAUGAUAAAAGUCCUGCAGGAUUCUUCGUAGAGGCUGGGGCGUUAGACGGGGAAUUCCUGUCGAAUACUCUGAUGUUAGAAAGGCGUCUAGGAUGGACUGGCUUACUGGUGGAGGCGGAGGAGGAGAGCUACAGGAGUUUAAGGAGUAAGAACAGAAGGGCGUGGUCGUCUCGUGGGUGUCUUGGCGCCAAAAAUUAUCCCUAUGCCAGUGUCCUCAGCUCUUACAGAAACCAGGGCAAGGAGGCGAGCUGGGCGGGGCGUGGUGCUGCGAGACUGGAGGAGAAUCCUACAGCAGGAGGUGAGGGUCCUGGCUACAAGACCUUCCAGACAGUGCAAUGCUUCCCGCCCCUGUCCUUGCUCCUCGCCGUCAACGCCUCCUACAUCCACUUCUUCAGUCUAGACGUGGAGGGCGCUGAGAUGAACAUUCUAAAGAUCUUCCCCUUUGAUAGAGUGACUGUGGAUGUGUGGGCAAUAGAACAUGUGAGGCCUAAUGCUACACCCUCCGUCAGCCCUUUGUCAGGCACCUCCUCUGCAACGUGGUACGAGGACCCAGCUCUCAUCUCCUUCAUGGAAUCGAAAGGCUACUACCUCUUCGACGUCUUCUGCCACCCUAUACCCGAUUAUAUCUUCGUCAGGAGGGGCAGUGAGGUGUUUAGAAGGCUGGAUCUCCCCCCUAAGCUAUGGCGCAGGGAAGGGGUGUGUGCAAGGAAGGGCAUGUGGGAUAAGAAUGCCCCUUACAGUCCUCUAUUACAUCGUGACCCUCGACACUGGCCACAGAUUGAGUAUAGGGAAGGUGAUGAUAGUGGUGGUGGUGGUGGUGGUGUCUGAAUGCUUGAUACACGUGCAGAUGAUAAAUAAGUUGAUGUUUUGGUAUUUCUCCUAUUUAUUUUCCUUUAUUCAAUGUUGUUUUGCUAAGUUAGUCUACUAUAUACAUAGAAUUUAUUAUGUAUACCCAGGAUUACAUAACCAGCAGACUCAGAGCGAAAGGAUAAGCAUAAACAGAGGGCAGCAGUUGGCAAAUAAGUAACAAAGACAAUAAUUCUUGUGGAUGUACAAAACAACAACAUUCUUUUAAGAUAACACAAGCAAUAACAAACAACAAAAAAGGGAACGAAAAAUCAACUAGAAAAUAAUGAAACAAAAAUUGAUAGACAAACCAAUGAAGAACACUCAAUAAUUAAUACUGUGACAUAUUUUCCAAACCGUAACCAAAGCACAUAAAUACAGGAUGACAGAAAACGGAGCUCAGACGCGGUUCAUCAGUGAGUUGGUUAUGUUGUAUGCGUGAUGGCUACAAAAAGACCCACGUGGUUUUCAGAUUAUAAACAAAUAAGUGAGUUUCGUGCGUUUAGAAGUAACUAGAAGACAAAUAAAGCAGAUAAAUGGUGAGUGUGGCUCUUAUAUUUACCCGUAUGAUAAGAAAAUUUAUUAUAAUUAACUAGAUAAAUGUGAAAUAAAAAGAUGUUAUUUAAUUUUAAUGGUAGACUAUGCUAUAUUGAUACAUGAAUAGGCUAUAAGUUCUUAUUGAAAUAGAAACUUAAAAUUAUAAAACUAAGCUAUUUUCAAUGAUGUUUGUUAUACCAUUAGUGUGUUUACAAGUUAGAAUUACAUACACUAUACAAGUUACUUAAUGAAAUACGAUUAAUGUUAGAAAAAAAGUUAGAGAUUUAUAAAAGAUAUACAGAACACCCUUAUAGAUAAUGUUAUUUAUUUAUUUAUUUACUUAUUUUGGUGGUGUAUUAUUGUUAUAUAUAUGUAACUCUUAAUUAAUGCCCAGUGAUUGAGUUAACGGUUUUACGUAAUGAUGUGUGUGAAUAUUUGUUGUAUGAAAAAUGUUGGUUGAAUGGUUUAGAAGUGAAAAUGUUGGACGAAUGUUUGUUAGAAGGGGAAAAAUGUUUGUUGACUGUUUAUGAGAGAAAUGUUGAUUGAAUGUUUGUUGGAAGUAAAAAUGUUUGAUGAAUGUUGGUUGGUGCGAGAAAUAUUUGUUAAAUGUUUGUUGAAUGUGAGAUAAAAUGAUAGUUGAAUGUUUUGUUGGUGAAAAUAAAUGUUUGUUGUAGGAAAAAUGUUGGUAAAAUGUUUGUUAGAAAUCGAAAGUGUUGUUUUGAAUGUUAGUUGGCGAAGAAAAUGUUUAGCAAAGAAAAUGACCAUUGGAUAAGAUCAAAAGAGUUGAAUAUUUAUUAAUAGAAAGAAAUGUUGAUAAAAUGUUCAUUGGUGGAAGAAAGACAAUUAACUUAUGAUUGUCUUACUGAAUAAUUGAUGAAUGAAUGUUUAUCAAUACUGUUUACUGAAUGCUCAAGUAAAAAAAAAAAAAAAAGAAAGAGAAAAGACAGAAAAUAAAUAUGUUGAAU